AUGUUCUCCUUCGGUCAGACCGGAGACCUCUUUGAUCGAGGGCUCGACCAACUAAUGACGUACAUGGGCGAAAUGGGGGGGAUUGCCGAGAAGGAUAACAAAGCGCUCCCUAACGCGGACAGGCUUCUGCCGGAUGAUGUUCCCGAGGAGUCGGUUGGGGAGGGAGGUAGCCAUGACAAUUUCGGCAUGUUCGACUCAAACCCGUUCGGUGCCGUGAAUCUCGCUGCGUCGUUUCCGGAAGGCUCGUGCGAGCCGCAGCUAGUCCCGUGCGCUCAGAAGCCGGCUGCGACGACGACGACGACGAACGACGUCGCCGACUCAGUCGCAGACGGAGCGUUCGGAUCGCCUGACGCGUUCAGCUCGCCGGACGGCUUCGCCUCGGAGGAUUUCAAUCUGUCGUUCGGGAUGGAUGACGUGGAUGCGAUGAACCAGCAGGACCUUCGUUACAAUCUCAUGCUCAGAGGAGCGGGCCUUGCAGAGCAUUCUACCGCGGAUGCUCCGUCUCAUCCCAAGAUGGAGUUCCCGGAGUACCCCGCGCAUCACCCGAUGAAUCAUCCGAUGUAUCCGCCGCACAUGCCGCUCUACUAUCCGGGAAUGCCCACCAUGCCGGUUCCCUACUACGGCAUGCCGUACCCUCCCUUCGCGUACAACCCGUGGAUGACUCCUUAUUCCUCGCCCUUCAUGCCUCCUCAACAUGCCAUGCCUGGAACUAGCGCAAUGCCCACCGACCCUGCAGCCAUCGCGCGUCAGCGUCGCCUUGUCGCGGAUUCCGUGCGCGGAAAGCGUCGACGACACGCACACAAUGCCUCCUCGCAGCUCCCUUCCGCCGCAUCUUCCGCCAUGCCGUCCGUAUCUGGUUACGGCCACCCUUUCCCAUCCUCACCAUCCAUGCUCCCCUGGACCCACGUCAAUCCCGAGGCUGCUGACUCAGUGAACACCGCUCCCCCUUCGCCGUUCGUUCCUGCUGCUCCCCUGCCGCCGUUCUCCCCCGCCGUCGUCCCGUCGUCUCCCAAAGCCGUCGCGUCUCCCGCACGGUGCGCCUCGCCUGUCCCCGCAUCAUCCCCCACUGCGGUGGGAAAAGGCGGCGCGGGGAAGGCUGCGGCGAAGAGUCCGCUGGGUAGAUCUGCUCCUCCUGCUCCCGCUGCUGCUGCUGCUGCUGCUGCUGCUGCUGAUGGCAAAUCUCCUGCUGUGAAGUUCUCAGCUGAAGCGGAUGUCGUUGCUGCUCCAGCCGCUACCCUGCCGGUUUCGCCUGUCCUUAAGAUUGAAGAGGACGUGUUCGUUCCUACGGCUACCGCUCCCGUUAUCCCCGCCAUUGCCGCUCCUGCGGGCGGGCAGCAAGCUAAGGGAGGGAAGGCUGCGGCGAAGCAGCAGCGGGAUGAGAGGCGCGUGAAGCGGCUGCUGCGGAACCGCGUGAGUGCGCAGCAGGCGCGGGAGCGGAAGAAGAAUUAUGUGUCGGAGUUGGAGCAGCGGUGCGAGACGGUUGAGAGGAGUAACGCGGAGAUUGAGGGGGAGAUUGCUGCGCUGAUGGCGGAGAACGAGCGCCUGAGGCAGUCAAUGCGGAGAGCCAUCGGGCACCGUAAAUCAAGCAUUAGAGAGCCUGGUGGUGUGGGAUUCGGUUCGGUCUUCUUCCACCGCAUUGCCCUCUGCGGCUACGAGUUUGAACAUGCCCACCCCUUCUGUCCCCACCCUGCCUUUCCCUAUGAUAACCCCUUUCCUCCUCGCCCCUCUGCCCCCCCUAAUCAGGCCUACGCAUUCUUGUCCUCCCUGCAGCAGCUUACUCCCUCUCCCUCUCUCCUCUCAAUUCCUCCUCCCAUGUCCUCCUCCCAUUCUUGCCUCCUGUAUUUUCUCCUCCGCUACUCCCUCCCCUUUCCUCUUCUUCGUUCGUCCUCCCUUGGCCUCCUACCCAUCCUUCCUCUCUUUCCUCUCGCUCUGUUCCCUCAGUCCGUCUGCUUCUCCCCAUCCUUGGAGCACCAGCCACUCCGUCUGCUUCUCCCCAUCCUCGGAGCUUCAGCCACAAUUGCCCUUGUGGGACUGCUCCUCUCAAAUGCCGCUUUCGUUGCAGCAGCGUACUGCCUCUUCAGCUACUCCGAAAGCCUAUUCGCUCUGCUCUCCUUUGCCGCCAUGUGGCGCGUUGUGAGUGGCCGAUGGUUCUUGGCAUCCCUCCUCAUCGCCCUCUCAGCAGCAGCUCGCUCUAAUGGCGUCCUGCAUGCGGGUUUCUUCCUCUUCUCACUGCUGCAGACAGCAGGGUCCCUCAUCCUGCCUCUCCUGCCACGGCAGCUGCUUCACCAGCUGUUCAGUGCAGCCAAGCAAGAGGGGAGGGAACCAAGAGAGCGGCACACAUCUUACAAGUCAACAGAGAGGCAGGCAGACAGAAGAGCGUCAAGAACGGAGGUGACAGGCCAAAUUGCGCCGUUUUUGGAAGGAAAGUGGCAGCUGUGCCGCACAAGGCUCCUCCCCAUCCUCCUCUCCACCGCCCUCUGCUGCCUUCUCUCCUUCUCUCUCCUCGUCUCCCUUCAAGCCUUCGCAUUCACCCAGUUCUGCCUCCCUGCUGCAAGCACCAAAAGCAACCUGGACACUGAAACCCCUCAAGACGUCCCCCCUUGGUGCCUGGACUCGGUUCCCUACAUCUACGGCUAUGUGCAGCGCAAGUACUGGGAUGUCGGAUUUCUUCGCUACUUCCAGCUGAAGCAGCUCCCCAACUUCCUCCUAGCAGCACCCACUCUCCUCCUCUCCCUCUCCGCCAUUCUAUCCUUCGCUCACACCCGCCCCCUCCUCUUCCUCUCUCUUGGAUUCAUCUCCUCUCCCUCCGAUCACCAUUGCCUUCUCUUCCUUCCACCCUCCAACCACUCAAAAGCACGGGAGCAGGAGGAGGAAGGGGAGGAAGAAGGGGAGGAAGAAAGGGAGGAAGAAGGGGAGGUGGAGUGGAGAAAAUGUGACCACUGGUGUAGAUCCAGGGGUUUUUAUUCCGCUGCUGCUCUUCCAUUCUUGCUGCAGCUGCUGUUCAUGACAGCAGUGGCAACGUUGGUGAUGCAUGUACAGGUGGCGACUCGCUUUCUCUCCUCCUCACCUCCUCUCUACUGGUUCCUUGCCCAUCUCCUCACAUCGGCAAAUAGCACGCUCUCUAAAUCCGCCCGCCUAUCUUCUACGAAUGAGGAUCACAGGUGGGAGUUGUUUAUGAUAAGGGCAUGGGUCGGUGCAUCAUUAGGUUAUGCAGUGAUUGGCUCCUUGCUUUUCAUCAACUUCUAUCCCUUCACCUAG